CCUUAAAAAUGCCAACGGCUAACGGCAGCGAGAGCACCAAACCGUGAAAAACGUUAGUGUUUCCAUUGCACCACAUGAAGCGACGACGUGUCUAUCCCAUGUCCUUCCUUUCUGGCUCGCUGCUUCCACUUCGUCCUCACAAAGUCGAACCAAAAGAGCCGAGCCUUUCUUCUACUCGCUUUAGUUCUGUAUCUUUGUUCCUGAGAGUCGUAGUUUAAAAGACUUCCGAUUCCGCCAUGGACGUAGCAUCUCAGCUCGUCUACUGCGGAAUGACAUUAUCCUCUUGCCCUUCCUGUUCAAGGAAAACAACAGUGUUUCACUCUAUAUUUCCUGCUAGAUUCAGGUCUCGGGAGCGAAGUGUUGUUGUUUCUGUUGCCACUGAGCCUAAACCCUCUGAAACUGGAUCUUCUCGAGCUGUGCCGCCGAAGGCGAUUAAUGGGGUCUCCACGAGGAUUGGGGAUGUUUCGCAGGAGAUUAAGAGAGUGAGAGCACAGAUGGAAGAAAACGAACAGUUGGCGAUACUCAUGAAAGGUCUUCGGGGGCAGAAUUUGAGGGACUCCCAAUUUGCCGACAACAAUAUACAGCUUCGCCUGGUUGAGGUGGAGGAAAGCAACGAGUCUUUACCUUUGGUUUACGAUCCUGUUACCAUCUCCUCAUACUGGGGAAAGCGUCCUCGUGCGGUUGCAACACGUAUUGUCCAGUUACUGUCUGUUGCUGGCGGUUUUCUUUCUCGUAUUGCCUGGGAUGUGAUAAACAAGAAGGUGAAAGAGAAUGAAGUUGCACGGGCCAUUGAAUUGCGGGAGAUUGUAACAUCUUUGGGUCCAGCAUAUAUAAAACUUGGGCAAGCAUUGAGCAUUCGACCAGAUAUACUAUCACCUGUAGCGAUGAUGGAACUGCAAAAGCUUUGUGAUAAGGUUCCUUCAUUUCCAGAUGAUUUAGCUAUGGCCCUUAUAGAGGAAGAGCUUGGUAAACCGUGGCACCAAAUCUAUUCUGAACUUACUUCCUCCCCAAUUGCUGCUGCAUCUCUGGGUCAGGUAUAUAAAGGCCGUCUAAUUGAGAAUGGGGAGUUAGUGGCUGUUAAAGUACAGCGGCCUUUUGUCCUCGAGACUGUAACUGUUGAUUUGUUCAUCAUCCGGAACUUGGGAUUGUUUAUUCGGAAGUUUCCUCAGAUCUCCAUUGAUGUUGUUGGGUUGGUGGAUGAAUGGGCAGCUCGUUUCUUUGAGGAACUUGAUUAUAUUAAUGAGGGUGAAAAUGGAACACGCUUUGCUGAAAUGAUGAGAAAGGACCUUCCACAGGUUUGUUUGUUGGCAUCUAAAUGUGUUAAUGCAGUUGAGUGUUGGAUAUAUGUAUAUUUUUCAUUUUAUUUGCUUGAUACUGGCUUUUUCCACGCUGAUCCCCAUCCUGGGAAUUUGAUCCGCACACCAGAUGGGAAGUUGGCUAUCCUAGACUUCGGUCUUGUGACAAAAUUAACUGAUGACCAGAAGUAUGGGAUGAUUGAAGCAAUUGCUCAUCUUAUUCAUCGUGACUAUGAAGCUAUAGUCAAAGAUUUUGUUAAGCUCGGUUUCAUUCCAGAUGGGGUUAAUUUAGAACCUAUCUUGCCAGUUCUGGCCAAAGUUUUUGAUCAGGCACUUGAGGGUGGUGGAGCCAAAAAUAUUAACUUCCAGGAGUUGGCAUCGGAUUUAGCCCAAAUAACAUUUGAUUAUCCAUUUAGAAUACCUCCUUAUUUUGCUCUGAUAAUCAGAGCCAUUGGGGUAUUGGAAGGCAUAGCUUUAGUGGGAAACCCUGAAUUUGCCAUCGUUGACGAAGCCUAUCCAUAUAUUGCUCAGAGACUCCUGACAGAUGAAUCACCACGUCUGAGGAAUGCCUUGCGUUACACAAUAUAUGGAAAAUCUGGAGUUUUUGAUGCUGAAAGAUUCAUUGAUGUCAUGCAAGCCUUUGAGAAUUUCAUAACUGCAGCUAAAAGUGGAGGUGGAGAGAACCUGAAAGGGAAUAUGGCUGGUCUAGGCCUUUUACAGAGUCAAACACAGUAUAUCCUUCCUGGAUUUCUACCUACCACCUUGCAGCCAGAGCAGCCAAUUCAAACAAGAGCAGCCUUAGCCUUUCUGCUGUCUGACAAGGGAAGCUUUUUCCGAGAAUUUCUGCUGGAUGAGGUUGUGAAGGGAAUUGAUGCAGUUUCGCGAGAGCAGUUGGUACAAAUCAUGGCAAUCUUAAGGAUUGGAAAUUCGGCACCAAUUUUUACCAUGGUUUCUGCAUUUGGGCCAUUUAAGCGUGAAGCACUUAUACCUACUAUUACAGAUGAGGACAGAGUUAUAUUGAACAAUGUUCAAAAGGUUUUGGAUUUCUUGGCAGCUGGAACUUUAAAAUCCAAAACAUUGGAUCAGGGUGUGGAUAUUGCCCAGGCUGUUCAAGUGCUUCUUCCAGUGUUGCCAGGUAUCUCAGCAACAAUUCUCCCCGAGGUGCUCAAUCGGUUAUCUUCACGAGUGUUAGCACGCUUAAUUCGGGAUACAUUUUUGUAAUACCUUCUACUCUUCAAGCUAAUUAAAUGUGCUUAUAAUAAUUUAGUUAAAAAAAAAAAGAAUGUUCCUAUAGUGAUCAAUUGAAUUACUUGAAAUGAAAAAGAAAAGGCCUCCCUGCAUUGUUAUAACUGGUUGGUGGAGGAAGGGAGAGAGGUCAAAAACUGGCCUCCUGUACAUAUUUGUAUAUUACUUCUUGAUUCCAUGAAUGAGUUUCAAGUUUUAGCUGGAUUCCAUGAAUGAGAAAAAAUAAAAAUAAAAUACUCCAA